CAUACAUCACUUUCUAAAAGAAAUAACACACCACAUCCAUUGCGACAACCGAGACACCUCCCACCGCCACGCGAACAAGAUGUCAUUCAUACUUACCCCCUGCACCCCCGCCGAUUCCCCCCAGAUCGCCCGCGCCAUCAUGCUCGCGCGUCUGACAGACCCCCACUGGGUCUUUCUCUGGACCGACCCAAACCCCACGCGCCUCAUCACCGACGUCGCCGCCCGCUUCCCCUACACUCUAGUCCGUUCCCGCGACCACACGCGCCACCAGAUGGUCUCCUACGUGGACGAGUCCGGAGAGAAGACAAUAGUCGGCUACGCAAGGUGGACAUUACCCGACUUGCUGCUCGAUGCAACUCAUCAAGCUCUUGCUGGAGAAGCAAAUCUCGAGAAACAUAAUGCGGCGAACGGAGGACGAGAUGUCGUCUGGCCAGAGGCGCAGGUUCAAGCGCCUACCGAGGAUGAGCUCCGCGAAUUUAAAGAGCGAUUCGAUGCAGCCAGUGACGGGGGCCAAGUCCCUGGGAUGAAGCGGGACGGGAUGGUGGAGUUUCGGAGUCGGCCGUUGGAGGAGGCGGAUGAGCGGGUAACCCGUGGGAAGGAGUUUCUGACCCUCGACUACCUCUGCACCCACCCGGACUUCUGGCGCCGAGGUGUCGGAAGUAUGCUCGUGGCAAGCGGGCUGCAGGUGGCCGAUAGGUGCGGCCUCAGGACGUAUGUUAUGUCCGAGCCGGCGGGGUUGAAGGUCUACUCGAAGCAUGGUUUCAGGGUGGUGGAGACGGUGAGCACGGAUUAUUCCCGAUUUGGGGGUCAGGAGCCCCAGGUGCUUUAUUUUCUGGUUAGGGAGGUGGGAGGAGGGGUUUAGUUGCUCGAAUGCUUGAGGAUUGAGGGAAUGGAGUGUGUGGGGAGGAUGGAGGUUAUCUUGGGGCUUUUGUGCUGUUGAUCGUCAAGACUGAUGUGCUAUACCGGAGGAUCAUGGGAUUGCAAUAGGUUGGAGUAAAAGGCUCAUUGAUAGCCUUGCAUUGCGGUAGGUGACUGAUAGAGCAAACUCGAUGCCAGGUAGCGGAGUCUAGUGUAGAGCUGGUGAUUGCACCUCUUGCAUGAAUAGGACUAUUCUGGCAGGGCACUUUUGCCAACAGAACAGCGCGGCAAACACUAGGUAGAU